GUAUACCUCACGGUGUUUAGUAUACCUCACGGUGUUUAGUGUACCUCACGGUGUUUAACGUACCUCACGGUGUGUAGUAACCUCACAGUGUUUAGUGUACCUCACGGUGUGUAGUAACAUCACGUUUUUUUUCUGGUCCAGUGUCGUUUCCUUGUGGUCAGCACAGAGUCUGGUCUUCUUCAUACCGAAGUCGUUCUCUGCUCAAUGUCACAAUGAUGAACGACAACGUCACCGACAGCUGGCUGGUUGAACUGAAUGUUACUGAGACGGAGGAGGAGCUGGUGAUGGUGAACUCAACGUCUGGACAAAGGGGGGGCAAUGAGACCCAGCUGAAGGGGGAGGAGGGAGGAGGAGAGGAGGUCACUGGUCGUAUCGUGGGUGGAGUCCUGGAGAGACCAGGAGGGAGUCCCUGGCAGGUUCUGGUCUGCAGGUCUGAUGGGUAUGGUUUCUGUGGAGGGACUCUGGUCUCUGACCGUUGGGUGGUCUCUGCUGCUCACUGCCUGGAGGAGACUGCGGACCACGUUACCAUAGGUGAUUAUGAUAAACGACGUCCUGAUCCAGGGGAGCAGGUGAUCAAGGUUCAGAAGGUCUUCGUCCAUCCUCACUUCCACUCCUUCACCUUCGACAGCGACAUCGCUCUGCUGUACCUCGACAAGCCCGUCGUCAGGAGCCCCACCGCCAUCCCCGCCUGCCUCCCCGACCCCCACCUGUCCAGAUACCUGCUGCAGGAGGAGAACCGGGGCGUGGUGACGGGCUGGGGACUCACUCACUACCGGGGAAGGUCCUCCUCUCGCUUCCUCAGGAAGGUCACGCUCCCAGUGGUCAGCUACAGAGACUGUACCGCCUCCACUGAACAGGUUGUCACAGACAACAUGUUCUGUGCCGGUUACCAUGAUGUCGGGAUGGACGCCUGCAGCGGAGACAGUGGAGGACCGUUCGUGGUGAACUACAGAGGGACCUGGUUUCUGACCGGAGUGGUGAGCUGGGGAGAGAAAUGUGCUGCAAAGGGGAAGUACGGAGUUUAUACCCGACUGGGGAACUUUCUGAACUGGAUCAGAGACACCAUGGAGAGACUGGACCUGAACGGUACCGAGAGUUGAGACAAACAGACUGAAAUUAUCUUUUUUCUUUUUCAUUUUUCAAAUUGAAAGCAAAGGGAGCCAAACGAAGACUUUAAUAGUUGAACAUGAAACAUCAGGUUCUACAUCUAUCAGCUGGUUCCUCUCUGCUUCUCAUUGGUUCUUUUUCAUUUGAGCAUAAACGUUUGUUUAUGUUUUAUCCUUGUUUGAUAUUUAACACAUAAUAGCAGAACCAAGUCAAAGUAUAUUGAAAUGAUAAUUAAUCGUUUGUUUUCUAUUUUCUGAAUAUCUUCUGUAAAAUGAUGUCAAAUACACAAACUUGUGACGAAACAACUCGGAGAUGUUCUUUGCAAAAGAAAACUGUGUUUAUAAGAGUUUAUUAUUAAUACUCUGUGAGUGAGCAUUCAUAUCAAUACAUUCAUUCAUAUCAAUACAAACACUAUCUUUAUGAUUAAAAUGUUUAUUAGAGCACAAAAGUGACUCACUGUAUUUUUCAAAUAGCUGAAAAGAAAAUAUUGCAAUGUCAGUUUUUUUCCAAUAUGGUGCAGCUUUAAUAUGAUUCAUACAAAAGAGUGUACAAAUAUACAACACAGUAGUGAGGAAGUACAAUGUAUGAGCAAACAAACAAA